AUUCAUCAUGUUUUCAAUUCAUAAAAAAUUCAAAACAACAACAACAACAACAAAAAUCAAUUUGUUGAUUAUCGUUAUAUUGUUAUUUCAAAUAUCGAUAUCAUCGCAAUCAUCACAAUCGAUUGUUUCAACAUUUUCAUUACAAAAUCAUUCGAAAACAUUGAAUGAUUUAAAUUAUUAUCCAAAUGAUAAUGUUGAUAAACAACCAACAUUAUAUCCAUUACGAAGUUUUUCCAUUUCAUUAUCAUCAUAUUUACCACCUGAUUCUAAUUCAUCAUCAUCAACGAAAUUUAACAAUCAAUCAUCAUCAUUUUCGGCAGCAUUGAAAUCAUCACCUUCCGUUGUUAAAUCAUUGAGUAAAAAGCAAAAAAAUCGUACAUCAACAACAACCACUGGAAAUAGUAAUAAAAUUACCGUCCGUUUUAAUAAAUAUCAUAAUUAUAAUGAUAUGACAAGAUUAUUGAAAAAUGUAGCUAAAAAACAUACAAAUCUAACACGUUUAUAUUCGAUUGGUAAAUCAUUACAAGGACGUGAAUUAUGGGUUAUGCAUCUUACUGACGAUUCAAUUGAUGAUACAACGAUCAAUAAUCAAUCCAUUCAAUUAAAACCAAAUGUAAAAUAUAUUGCAAAUAUGCAUGGUAAUGAAGCUGUUGGUCGUGAAAUGCUUCUACAUUUAAUUGCAUAUCUGGUCAAUUUUUCUAAUCGUAGUGCAAAUGUUAAAAAAUUAUUAAAACAUACAAAUAUUCAUAUAAUGCCAUCAAUGAAUCCGGAUGGAUUUGAAAAAUCUAUUGAAGGUCGUUGUGAAGGACCAGGUAGACAAAAUUCAAAUGGUAUUGAUUUGAAUCGUAAUUUUCCUGAUCGUUUAUUUAAUCGUACUGAAAUUGAACAACCUGAAACUGAAGCUAUUCGUAAAUGGCUGAAUCAAAUACAAUUUGUUCUUUCGGCAAAUAUACAUGGUGGUGCAUUAGUUGUUAAUUAUCCAUUUGAUGGUAGUGCUAUUAUUGAUUCAGAACAUUUGGAAAAAACACCCGAUCAUGAUGUUUUUUUACAUUUAGCCAAAACAUAUGCACAACGUCAUCGUAAACUUAAAUCACAAAUUAAAUGUCGAAAAGAUGAUAAUUUUAUUGAUGGUAUUACAAAUGGUAAUGCAUGGUAUCCGGUACAAGGAAGCAUGCAAGAUUAUAAUUACAUUUAUGCUGGAUGUAUGGAAUUAACACUUGAAAUAUCAUGCUGUAAAUAUCCAAAUGCAACAAAUUUAUUAACACAUUGGAAUGAAAACAAAAUACCAAUGUUGUCAUUAUUGAAUGAAGCAAAUAAAGGUGUCAAAGGUUUUGUUAAGGAUUAUCAAACAGAAAUGCCAAUCGCUAAAGCUAAUAUAACAAUAUUGGGUCGUAAUGUUCAAUUUCAAAGUGAUAAUCAAGGUCGAUUUUGGCGUCUAUUAUUACCCGGUGAUUAUGUUUUAAUUGUAAAACAAAAUGGUUAUUCACGAUUACAAAAACAAUUUACAGUUAUGGCAAAUAAAAUUACUGUAAUGGAAUUAUAUUUAACACCAAUAAGAAAACAGAAUGGUAAACAGCUUAAUACAUUAACAUCAUCAUUAUCAAAUAUAAACAAUAAUCAUCAUUAUCGAUGGAAAAAACUUGAUGAUCAAACUUUGUUCAUGAAUAAAUCAUCAUCGCCAACAUCACCAACAUUUGGAAUGAGAAAAAUGUUUCUAAUCAAUAAUCGUGUACCAACAAAUCGAUUUUCACCAAUGUUAAAUUUUUCAACAAAAAUCUAUAUGUCCAUUAUUUUGAUUAAUAUUUUGUUGCACACCAUUAUUGAAUCGAUAAGAUUUUUAUCAAUUUAAUUGGGAAAAAAGAUAACAGACAAAAUUCUCAAUCAAUUAAA